CGUCCCAGUACACCGUUAGGAUUCACCGUUCAACGUACCACUCGUUCGAACCAGGGAGGAAUCAGCCACUACAGAAGCAACAGCAAGGCUAUCCAACACCGCCACUGGUUGCCGUUUCUUCUUUCACCAUUCCCGGAAAAAUAGAGAAGAUAGCGGUUCCGUCGUCGGUUGGGUUGCGGAGUGCAUAUCCUACUGGUAGUCCGUUGCUAACCUCCAAGACGGAAGACCCCAGGCAAACGGGGACAGAGUCUCGUGCCACGGGGAGGGAAAAUCAAGUCCCCCCCGCUAGCCGACGCUGGGUCCCUCCAUCACUGAGACCGCAACAUGGACUCACCGAAGAGGCCAGAAUUGAUUCGAUUUUCCGUAAAGUACGCGGUAUUUUGAAUAAAUUAACUCCAGAGAAAUUUCAAAAGCUCAGUGAUGACCUGUUGAAGCUCGACCUAAACUCAUCCAAGAUUCUAAACGGAAUUAUCCUGCUGAUAUUUGACAAAGCUUUAGAUGAACCCAAGUACUCGUCUAUGUACGCACAGCUGUGCAAACGGAUCGAGAAAGAACUAGAGAUCGAUAUCGACAAAACAAAGUCCAAUACCUUCCUGCAAAUAUUGCUAAACGUUUGUCGCGACAAGUUCGAAAACCGAGUCCAAUACAGUGAGAAGAUCAUCAAUUCAGAACUCGCUCUAACCGAUGAUUUGGAGGAAAAGAAAAAUGUGGCCAAACAAAAGAUACUGGGUAAUGUUAAGUUCAUCGGCGAAUUGUACAAGCUCGACAUGCUGGGUGAGCCACAUCUGCACAAGAUGUUGCGCUCACUCUUCACCAAUAAGUCGGGUGCGACGACGGAGAAAAAUUGCGAGGACAUGGAAUGCUUGGCACAGCUCAUCAAGACAUGCGGAAAGAAUCUGGAUACAGAGCUGGGAAAACAGCUGAUGGAUCAGUACUUCGAUCGGAUGGAACAGUAUUCCCAGUCGAGCAAAUUUCCACCGCGCAUCCGGUUUCUAUUGCGUGAUCUAAUCGAGCUGCGCAAAAACAACUGGACACCGAGAAAGGUGGCCCGUGUUGAAGGACCGGCUCCGAUCCAGGAGCUCACAAACGAGGAUGACCUGGUGCUGCGGCCGCCAUACGGCAGUCGAGGCCGCGACUAUCGGAAUUCGGAACGGGGCGAUCAGCGGGACUGGAUUAGUAAGUUCUCACUUAAUCCACUCAACUUCAACGACAGUUUCAACCUGCUGAGCGUUUCUAGUCCAUCACCAUUGAUACCACCAACGUAUUCAAAUACCCAAAACGGUUAUGGUAACCGUGACCAUCGCGACAACGGUGGUGGUGGAGGUAAUUAUCGCAUGCACAAUAACCGUGGCGGUACCGGUCAAAACCAGCAUAACAGCUACCACGGCAAUGGUGGCAACAAUAACAACAUGCGUUUCAACAAGCACAACAAUCAUCAUGGUGGUCGGGAUGGUGGCGGUAAUCAGAACCAUCACCACCAGAAUAGUGGCGGUGGAUCGAAUGUGCACAAUAUGUCCUACCAGAACCGAGACAGCAUGAUGAACAACAAGGAUUUAGCGCCACGGUUCAAACGUAAUCUGAUUCCGCAGAAUCCGGUCGAGGAUCUGCAGAUGCGUCCUACACCGAACAGUUUGCUGUUUAAGACCCAAAAUAUGAACAUGAAGACGCAGUUGCCGAUAUCGCAAACGCCUUCAUCGCAGUCGAGCAAACCGAGCGGUUACAACUCAUCGCAACUUGGCGAUUUUCCGUCACCGCUGACCACCCGAACGCUCUUGAGUGAGCAACGCGCGGCGUCUGCUGGUAAUAGUGCCUUUGGGGCAAACACCGGCAAUAGCGGUUUAUACAAUCAAUCCUCUUCGUCAUCCACAAAUAGCAGUGGACUUGGCUCUGGUAGUACUUCUGCAGGAGGACUCAGUAGUGCUGGUGGUUUCAACAACCCUACACCAAUUGGUCAGCAGAAUACACCGAGGAACCUGAGCCCAUUAUCAAACCAACAAACUCAGUUAGGUCGUAACAAUACACACAAUCAAAAAUCUCAAUCCAACCAACAGAUUGUCAAUUCAGCAUCUGUCACAACACCAAUUAACAAUACUCUCCAAAAGGAGCAGGUCAUUAUCAAACAGGUUUCUUCGGAAAAGACCGAGAAAAAGGGAAAGAAGGAUAAGGGUCCUAACAAGGAAGAAUUUUUGAAGAAGGUUUCCAUUUUCGCUUCCGAGGUGUUGCUGGACAACCUGAAGGGGCAAAUCGAGCAAGAUAAGCAAAAACGUAAUGAAAAACCAAUCGAGAACGGUGCCGUGCAGGUGGUUGUUGUGGAAGUGGUUGAUGAAAUUUCGAAUCCGGAUACUAUCAACGAGGCAGACCUUAAGGUGAAGACAGAGGAUGACAAGUCCUCAGAGAAGGGAGAUGACGGUUCGGAAACAAUGAAAUCUGAAGACGAUGACAAAGUGACAACCGAGUCGCUGAUGGAUGAACUGGUGCGCGAGUUCUGUGAGCUGAAAAUACCAGAAAAGUUCAUGCGCGACUCAGUUAUCAAAGUCAUGAACGAAGUGCUAGACAAAGCAGAUCCAUUCCACGAAAAAAUUAUUGUAUUUCUACAGCGACUACGUAAACUGAACAAACUUUCCAACGGUGCCACGUUGGAAUCGUUCAAAGCGCUAGUCAAUUCCAUGAACGAGAAGGAAAAAACCAUCCCAAAAAUCACCACUAUUGUAGCGUCUCUAUUAUCACGAGCAGUUCCGGUUAAAUUAUGCAAACUUUCCGAUAUUUCCAACUACACCGACAAUGGGCAACACUACCCGCUGUUCCUGCUAGUGCUGCAACAACUGCACAAGCAGCUCGGAAAAUCGAAGCUACAGGAGAUGUUCCAACAAAGUAAAGUGAACCUGAUGAGUAGCCUUCCGGAAAGUGACCGUACUAAGGAUCGAAUGGCGGAGAUUCUCGAAGAUCGCAAUUUAAGCUUCUUGUAUCCACUACUGCGGGUGCAGGCCGAACUAUGGAAACAGAUUCAAGCCGAUGCCAAUCCACAACAGUUCUACAAGUGGAUCAAGGAAAACGUGGAAGCCAGUUGCUACAUCGAUCCAGGAUUCAUAACCGCUGUGAUGACGGUUUUGUUGAAAUAUAUCACCCAGGAAUCAUCUAAAUGUGCAGAUGAGAAGCAAGCUUUGGAAAAGGAAAUGGAAACGCUCAAGAAGUACUGUCCGGUGCUGAACGCGUUUCUCAAUGGUAACAAUGACUUGCAGCUGAUUGCCAUAUAUGCGAUGCAAGUGUACUGGUACAGCAUUGAUUUCCCAAAGGGAGUCCUAUUGCGUUGGUUCCGUGAGUUCUACGAACUGAGUGUAAUAGAGGAGGACGCCUUCCUGCGCUACAAGGAAGACGUCACCGAUAUGUACCCGGGUAAGGGCAAGGCACUGUUCCAGGUAAAUCAAUGGCUGACCUGGCUAGCGGAAGCAGAGGACGAAGACGAGGAGGACGAGGAGUAAAUAUUUCAAUUCGUGGUGUUUACACCAUGAUUCGAUUGAUGGUGAUUUAUGAAAUUUAGCAGAAAAGGUUUAUUUUUAUUGUAUUGUAAAUUCCAAUCGUACCUUUUGUAGAUUGUUUUUAAUUCUGGAUAAAAAUUUGCUUCUGAAAUGGAUGGAAAAAGGAGCUGUUUUACAUUAGUUGGAUUUGCUGAUUUUUUUUAUUUCCUUCUGUGUACCGAUCAGUGAUUGAUUAGUGACAAAAUCGUAGGUUAGCUAAUGAAAUUGGAAUUGGUGUUUUGGUUUGUUUUGAUGCGAAUGGUUGGGUAAAAUAGAUCACACAUACACAAACCCAUAAAUGUAACACCAGACACUCACACAAAGUAAACGGUAGCAGUCUAAUUGAAAUAGAAUAUCAUUACAAAAACUCAACCUAUAUAAAAAUAGAACUGUAAAAUGCAAAGAAAAUAGUGUUCUUCUCUGUUCGCCACUAAUUAGAUCAAUUUGUAUUCGCCAAAUGUGAGAGUAAUAGUGAAUCAAUCUAGUUCUACCAAUAAAAACAAGCAUGCUAAGAUCGAAUGGUGAGAAGAUCUAUAAUAGAUUGUAGUAACUGAAUGGAAGUGCAAUUGAAGCUUCUUUUGAAACAAAGCAUAGCGUGAGAUGAUUCGAUGGAACCUUUGUAUAUGGCAUUAGAUUUGACUUAUAGUGUAAACAACUAGUGUUUAAUUUUUGUAAAUGAUGCAAAUAUAGACAGAAAAGUAAAAAAUAUUGUGUGGUGAUGCAAGUUAGAUCUUGACUACUCGUCGGCACCGUUGAAAAUCACUCGUUCACUAGUAUUCACUCUGAUACAUACACACGCUCAUCGCAGCAGCUCCAGAAAACAUAUAACGGCAUUGUAUUAUCACUAAAAGGAAUGCUAAUCUGUCAUCGCCAAACCGAAUCGGUUGAAGCACCAUUUCCAAGGUGUCUUCUCCGUCAAAUCCUCAAACUUUUAGCAUAGCAUCUAUUUACGUUUAAGUCACGUGAGAGUCUUCUUUGAAGGAGAAGAACAGUUCCCCAACACCGAUAAACAAUCGGUCGUUAUAGUUUGUUGCUAAAAGAAGACUGAGAGGGAAACAAACGAAAAUUGAACUAAAUUCACAUUAAAAAAUAUCAAUCCACAUAAUAGAACAACCGUAGCUCGUAGGUAGAUUAAAUAUGAAUAUCUAGCCAAUUAUCCAAAUGGACGUAAGUUGAUUUCAUCAUCCCUUCAAAGUCCAUGGAAGUCCAAUAUACUAAUUCAAUCAAAACCUCUCAAGCUCUCGGGUCGCAAUAUCACACUUUCAAACUUUGUUCCGUUCGUUGGGAGAGCAUUAUUGUUAUUGUUCUUUUACCCAAAUUUAACCCGAGAGUCAAUUAUAGUGUUGGGAGAAGAACUUACAAUAUGUAUUGCAGACUUCUUAAUCUUCGGUAGUGCUUCUGAUGAAAAUACUGACUACACAAAAUUAACCAUUAAAUACACAUGAUGUAACAACUAGCAAAAACAGUCUCAAACUGUAAUAAUUACCUUCCGAUUCCGCAAAAUCUACAGACGAAAAACAGUCAGUCCCGCAAAGUUUCGUCGCUGAUUUUGGAAAACAGCGAUUCAAAAAAAGGAAGAAAGACUCUUGCAGUCCGUUCACCACGUCUUGAAAACAAAAAAACAUUUUAGUGAGAUAGGAUAUUUUCAUGGAUGGAGGCGCAAAAAGAAAAGUACGAAAAUAUGUAACACUAUCAUAACCUUGUAGAGAACGUGAAACAAAGAACUUAAAUCAGAAAUCUAAAGUAACGUAUUGCAAUCCGUAAGCUAACAAGUUUGUUGAAAGAAGAAAAAAAAAACUGAAAAGCAAAACAAAAAAAUGUGCAAAAUACAAGAAAACAACAAAAAUAAAAUCACGAAUUCGACAAACCUCCAAACCAUAAA